AUGCCAGCCGCCAGCGUCGACAAAAUGAAUGGCAUCGGCAUGCCCAUUCUCUUCAUCAUUACACUCUUUGCAACGUUAUUCGCCACACGGCACUUGGUGGCCAAAGCUGUCCGGUACGCCUACAGUGACACUGUAACUAUGCUGUGCUUCUCUGCUGCUCUCACAAAUAUGGCGCUUUCCAUCUUUCUAUACUUCACCACUGCGUUUAACUAUGGCCUAGUGACAACAGUUCUGGCAUACUGCGUUGCUUUUAUGAACAGUAACGAGAACUUCAAGCAACAUAUGCCACACCUCCUUGCAGUACAUCUUGUGUGGUUCCUUGUUCUCGUUGGUAUUCCCUCGAGUCUCAAUCACGGAAUCAUCAAUGCCACAAACACAGGCGACUGCGUGGCUUUUUAUGCCACAUUUGCAUCCACUAUGUGCGUAGAGGGUUGGCUGACGUUUAUAAAGAUCGUUGCCUGUAUUAUAACCUGCUUCACUUUGUUUUCUGUACUUUUAUUGGCAUCUGAGGUUCUGGCGAUGCUUCAGACAGGGCGGCGAAGGACAGAGAUCUCGGCAAACCAAGUGCAGGCGCAAGCCUGA